AUGGCUGCUCAAACCCAACCUGAUCUCCAAACCGUUCGCCUUUCCAAUGGCAAGCCCAUCACUGUCCACACUCAAUUGUUCAUCAACAACGAGUUUGUUCCCGGCCAUGGUCCUUUGAUCGAGACUAUCAACCCUGCCACUGAAGAAGUCAUUUGCUCUGUUCACUCUGCUGAUGCCCAAGACGUUGAUGCCGCUGUUGCUGCUGCCAACAAGUGCUACAACGAGACCUGGCGCAAGGUUGCUCCUGCUGAACGUGGUCGUUUGAUCAACAAGCUUGCUGAUUUGAUGGAGCGUGACAAGGAUGAGUUGGCUACUCUUGAUGCUCUUGACAACGGCAAGGCUUUCACUGUUGCUCGUGAUGUCGACAUUACCGAUUCCAUUGCCUGCUUCCGCUACUUUGCUGGUUGGGCUGAUAAGAUUCACGGCAAGACCAUUGACACCACCCAUGACAAGUGGUGCUACACUCGCCACGAACCUCUUGGUGUUGUUGGUGCUGUUAUCCCAUGGAACUACCCUACCAUGAUGGCUGCCUGGAAGUUCGCCCCUGCCUUGGCUACUGGUAACUGUGUUGUCAUGAAGACCUCUGAAGUUACUCCUCUUCCUUUGUACAAGUUUGCUGCUCUUUGUAAGGAAGCUGGCUUCCCUGCUGGUGUUGUGAACGUUAUUACUGGUUAUGGUCAUACCACUGGUGCUUUCCUUUCUGCUCACAAGGGUGUCAGCAAGAUGGCUUUCACUGGUUCUACUAUGACUGGUCGUAAGAUUAUGGAAGCAUCCUCUGGCAGCAACCUUAAGAAGCUUCAACUUGAGUUGGGUGGCAAGUCCGCUCAAAUCGUCUGUGCUGAUGCCGAUCUUGAACAAGCUGCUGAAUGGUCCGCUGGCGGUAUCUUUAACAAUCACGGUCAAAGCUGCAAUGCUGGUUCCCGUAUCCUUGUCCAUGAGUCUAUCCACGACAAGUUCGUUGACCAAUUCAUCCAAGCUACCAAGAACAUGGUCAAGAUCGGUGAUCCAUUCGAUGAAGAUACCUUCCAAGGUCCCCAAAUCAACAAGGCUCAGUUUGAAAAGAUCCUUGGCUACAUUGAAAUCGGUCAAAAGGAAGGUGCUGUCAUUGCUCACGGUGGCAAGCGCUGGGGUAACAAGGGUUACUACAUUGAACCUACCGUCUUCAUCAACGUAAACAACAACAUGCGCAUAAGCAGAGAAGAAAUCUUCGGCCCAGUCGUCGUUAUUAUCAAGUUCAAGACCAUCGACGAAGCCAUUGACAUUGCCAACGACUCUGACUAUGGUCUUGCUGGUGGUGUUUACACUCAAAACCUUGACACUGCUUUGAAGGUUACCAGCGAAAUCAAGACCGGUACUAUGUGGGUCAACUGCUUUGAUGUCUUUGAUCAAUCCACUCCCUUCGGUGGUUACAAGCAAUCUGGUUUCGGCAAGGAAUUGGGCAAGUAUGCUCUUCAAGAAUACACCCAAGUCAAGGUCGUCAAGAUCCUCAUGUCCUCCAAGAUCUAA